UGGUCACGGUCACACCGCUUUGCACGUUUUUAUGCGGCAUUAUUAUUUUUUGUUGCUUUCUGACGUAAAUUGCAAUUGUUAAAGCCCUGAAAACCGUGCUUCCACUCUAAAGGAUUACAUGAAUGGUUAAAUAGUGACAAGAUAAGCAACAUACAAAGGAACAAAUACAAGCAAAAAUAGUGAAUGGAAGGAAUCAAAAGACAGUUGCGAUACAAAAGAAAUAAAGUGGUUUACAAUAAAACAGAAGUGCAGCUGAACAUACUUCCGAAAACAUUUAGUACUACGUCCUCCCAUCCACACACACUUCAACAAAAUGUUGCGUAACUCGCCUUUCGGUGCCACGCCCACCUACAAAUUACUGCUGGGCUUUGGACUCUGCUCCCUCGGAGGCGCCAUGCUGUACGCCUACUUUAAGACUCGAAACGAAGACGAGGAUACGGACUCAAAUGACCAGCAGCAGUCACCCGGGAAUAGAGGACAGGCCGUGGAACGGAAGCCCCAAAAGGAAGUGUGCCUCAAAAUCGUUGUCGACAACGAACAUGUCCCCCUAAUAAUGGGUCGUGGUGGUUCCAAUAUCAAGCUGAUUGAAGAAAAGACCCAGGCCAAGAUAAGAUUACGGGACAAAGACAGCGGUCACAAAUUCUGUGAUAUCACCGGUGUUCCCGAUGCUGUGAAAGCAGCAAGAGUUCUGUUGAUCAAGGAAAUUGAGCGGGCGCCUGUGGUGAAAGUAGAACUGCAAGUGCCCCAGAGACUGGCUAGCAAACUAAAUGGACGCGGUGGCGAACUCGUUCAGGAGAUUCGAAGUACUUCGCUUGCGAAGCUGAAUAUCGAUUUAAACGGUCGGAAUGGCAAAGCUAAAAUCACGAUUGUGGGCAACCAGAAGCAGGUUAACGUAGCCCGCAAAAUGCUCGAUGAUCAAAUAGAGGAGGAUGAGGAGCUUCUGCGAUCCAUGGAGGAAGUGGAGCAGCGUCGAGAGCCCCGCAGAUCACCCACGAACAGCGUGGCUUCUUCCAGUUUGUACUCCUCGCAGACAUCCUUGAGUUCCCACACACAACCUAGGGAUAAACUGAUGGCCUCCAAGGGCGAGGGAAAACCCAUGGAGGUAUACGUUUCUGCCGUUGCCUCUCCCACCAAAUUUUGGGUGCAGCUGAUUGGACCGCAAUCCAAGAAAUUAGACAACAUGGUCCAGGAGAUGACUUCCUAUUAUAGCAGUGCUGAAAACAGGGCAAAGCAUGUUCUCACUGCGCCCUAUGUGGGUCAAAUUGUGGCCGCCGUCUUUAAGUUCGAUGAGAAGUGGUAUCGUGCUGAGAUUGUAGACAUUAUGCCGAACCAGUACAAUCCAAAGGAGCAGGUAAUCGAUCUGUACUUUGUGGACUAUGGGGAUAGUGAAUAUAUCUCACCAGCGGAUAUUUGUGAGCUGCGCACUGAUUUCCUUACGCUCAGAUUUCAAGCAGUUGAAUGCUUUUUGGCCAACGUAAAGUCCACCAUCCAAACUGAGCCCAUUACCUGGCCAAAGUCCUCUAUCUCAAAGUUCGAGGAGUUGACAGAAGUGGCCCAUUGGAGGAAGCUGAUCGCUCGGGUGGUGACCUACAAGGAGCGUCCAAAGUCCACCACUGCGGUGAAUUCCGCUGCCAAGGAGGGAACCCCACUGCCAGGAGUGGAACUAUUUGAUCCGGCAGAUAAUGCCGAACUGAACAUUGGCGACCUAAUGAUCACCCAGGGCUUUGCUUUACCACUGGACGAUUCGUAUCCAGUAAGAUCUCGCUCCUCCACGCCUUCGAGUAACAGUGACUCGACCAUUGAGGAGCUGUGCGUUAGCAAUCCAGUGACUCCCCUGACGCCCCACUCUCCCAUGUCGAUGUCUAUUGAUGCGGAUAGCAUUACGCAGGCAGAGGAUGAACACCUCGCCCAGCAGCUGCAGCACUUGCAGCACAAACUCAAUGGAAACAACAUAGGAACCAUUAAUCCAGCCAAACUGACGGCGACAGACCUCGAAAAUGGGAAUAACAAUAAUGCGAGUACCACAAAUGGCGGCAGCACGCAUUAGGAAUCCACUUUGUUACUAGUUAUCCUCGCCUAAUUCUUAAUAAUAUUGAGGCUGGAUGACCAGCUCGCUACUUGACGUGUACAUAAAAGUAUAGCUUUUAGAGAACUUUAUAUAUAGGUACGAAGAAACACUGUUAAUUUAUCGCCGUGACUGAUCGACAUAUCCUAGAUCAUAGAAGCUGACGAUGGACCGGCACAGAUCCUUAAUUGUUUUUAGCAAGCUUUGCCAUGUUACUUAUUGUUAGUAAGUGCAAAAAAAAAAAACAUUUGUACAUUAACAAAAAAUACAAAAAGAUCACAAAUUUAUCAAAAG